AUGAACUUUGACUACGGUAUUGUCAGAGAACAUUAUGUUCCCAAUCUUUCUCCCUUCCCGCACCCAUUCUACACGAACUUUCAAGAUCUCGCUGAUGAUCCUAAAUGCUUGGAAGAAUGGAACAUUAUAUAUAUCUCUCAAUUGAUUAGAGAAAAGCCAGAAUGGAAGAGAAAAUAUAAAGACGAAACCAUUGUUGCUAAAUGGAAAGCUGAACUUGAAUCCCAAUUCAACGACAAGUCAGAAAAUUUCGAAGCAGUUUGGGCAUACGUAUUGAAAGAAUUAGAAUGGUAUGAGAGAAUGGAAUUGAACUUUGCUGGCUUUCAAAAAAACGGAUUUGUCAUUGGCUGCGAUGAUAAGGUUGUGUAUUCUGAUACUGCUGUUGAUUCGGAAAAGAAGGAAACUUUAAGACACUGUGUUAAGGAAUUUGUAGAUGAAGAAUUCCAAAACACUGGACUUGACUAUCAUCCAGGUAGCAAAGAUCAGGUAGUUGAUAUUGUUCAUCCAUCGUUGUAUCCUCUUCAAUAUGGUGUCACUCCAUACUAUCCUACCAGAAAUACAGAAAGUUUAACUGUUGUUGAGUUUGAUUCUUCAGUCGGUAAAAGUAAGUAUGGAGUGGAGCCAUGGGCACAAUCAAAGAAUUAUCAAUGGCUUCCAGCCUUGAUGAGUUUCCAGAAGUACUCUUGGAAGAGUAAAGAUUACUUUUUUCAAUCGUAUAUUAAUAACUUGCAUCCGAAAUAUGAAAAGUUAUAUCACGUUAUUGAAGAUGUAUUCAAUGCUUCUAUUCCGGGUUUAAAUUUGGUAUUAUCAAGAUACAAGACCGGUGGGUUCACUAGAAUCCCCCUCGACUCAGGAAAUUAUUACACGGAUGAAUGGGAGAAAAUGUCCAAAGAUUUCUGGGAUAGGGCAGCCAAAGACAAUAAUUUAUGGGAUGAAUAUGACGAGUUCUUUGAAAAAAGGGUUAAUUAUUUUAAACCAUUGUCAAUCAAAUAUGAAUUGGAUCCACCUGUAGAUUAUACAUUUGACUUAAGAAAAUCAUUUGCUUAUCUCAAGGUAAUUGUUAAGUUGGCAAAUAUCGAAUUAACACCAGAAAAUCCUAAUUACGAAGGUGGCUCCUGGCAUGUGGAAGGUACUAUCAACGAAGAUAUCGUGGCAACCGUGUUAUACUACUACGAUUGUGAGAAUAUAUCCGAGUCUAGGUUAGCCUUUAGAACCACCUUUGAAGACCCACAAUACGAUCAAGGAGAUGAACUUGCGGUACAAAGGGUCUAUGGACUCAAGGAUGGUGACAUCAUGAACAAAAGAGUUGGAGAUGUCAAGUGUCAAGAAGAUAGACUUUUAAUCUUCCCCAAUGGCUUUCAGCAUCAUGUGGAUCCAUUCGAAUUGAAAGAUAAAUCAAAACCUGGACACCGUAAGAUCUUGUGUAUGUUCCUAGUGGAUCCAUAUAAUAAGAAAGUUGUAACGACUGCCCAAGUGCCACCACAACAACCAUCUUGGCAUGAACAAGAUAAGAAAGAUGAACCAAUUAGAGAGCAGUACAAGAAAGAUGAAGCCGAAAAGAAAAAACAAGACAAGUAUUACCAUAGUCCUGAUAAAUGGGAUAUGUUUCAGUUUUUUGGUGAUAAUUGGAGAGAAAGCGUUGAUAAGUUGAAAAACCCGAAGGGUGGAUUUUUUUCGAAAACAGAGCAUAAUUGGCCAAUAUCCCUAGAUUCAGCAAAGGAUGUCAGGAAGAAGUUAAUGGAAGAAAGAAAAGUUCCAGAAGAUCCUGAUGACGAUUUGGCUUUCACAAGAGAAUUUUCCUUGUGUGAACAUUAA